UACAAUCCUAAGAAGACACUUUCUCAUGUGGGCUGUCGCACAGAUUGCAUGACAGGUACAAUAACAGCAUCACAGUAGGCAGUUGUACAGCAAUACGAACGAUUACUCUCGAUGGCGGCGAUCAAGGGCACCAUGGGAGACGGCAAAUGUAGUAACGGCGUCCACCAUCAGGGCAUGACAGACGUCCAGCUCUUCGAAAGACAGUUUAAGGAGCUGGUGUCCGAGCUCACAGAGGAUGACAUCACCGAUCCUGUCCUUACCGAUGCACUCAACAGACUCCGAGAGGUGCUGAUCUACAAUGCACCAGGAGGCAAAAGGAACCGAGGUCUGUCUGUAGUUUGUUCCUUGCGAGAACUGGUCCCUCCUGCCAAACUCUCCCAUGAUGAUGUUCAGCGUGCAGUGUUGGUGGGGUGGUGUAUUGAACUGCUCCAGGCAUUUUUCCUGGUGGCAGAUGACAUUAUGGACGCUUCACAGACCCGCAGAGGCCAGCCCUGUUGGUAUAAGCGGGAGGGGAUUGGUAUGGAUGCCAUCAAUGACGCUUUCCUUCUAGAGGGGGCUAUCUAUCGUAUUCUGCGCAGGCACUGCAGAGGACAGCCCUACUAUGUUCACUUGCUUGAGCUCUUCACAGAGACCUCCUUUCAGACAGAACUAGGCCAGACGUUGGACCUGAUGACCGCUCCCCCUAAUAAAGUUGACCUGAACCGAUUCAGUGUGGAGAGGUAUAAAGCCAUAGUGAAGUACAAGACCGCAUUCUACUCUUUCUACCUUCCUGUGGCCGCAGCUAUGUACAUGGCUGGAAUUGAAAAUGAAGUUGAACACAACAACGCUAAGCAUAUCUUACUGGAGAUGGGAGAGUUCUUUCAGAUUCAGGACGACUAUCUGGAUUGCUAUGGUGACCCUGCUGUGACAGGAAAGAUUGGCACUGACAUCCAGGACAACAAAUGCAGCUGGCUGGUGGUGACCGCUCUGGGGAUCAUGACCCCGGAGCAGAGGAAAGAACUGGAGGCGUGUUAUGGGCACAGCGAUGCUGUGAGUGUGGAGAGAGUGAAGGCCCUGUACGACACGCUGGAGAUGCCCAUGCAGUACCACGAGUACGAGGAGCAGAGCUACCAGCGUCUGCUGAAACUCAUCGAGUGCCACGCCCAAAACCUUCCUCACGCAGUCUUCCUCAACUUCGCAAAGAAGAUCUACAAAAGGAACAAGUGAAGGAAAGCUGUGGUGGAUUUAGCUUGAAGGGCUGAUGUAGGUGUUGGUAACAGACAAACAUAGAUGACAGGCCUGGGGUAUUUUUAAUUAUGUCUGUUGAUAAAAAAUAUCAGUACCUUAAAACAUCUGUAUAGACAUUAUUUGUUUUCUAGACCUUAUAAGAGUUACUGAUAGAAUGAGGGAAACCUAACAGGGCUUUAGUAUGGGCAAGGGCAGAUGUUAGUCCCAACCACCCAGAUACGGUAUAAUGGGUCCUAUGGAAUCCAGAGAACCUGUGAGCUACAAGAGGGAAAGCUAUGCAGUGUACCUUCCAAUCACUCUGUGAGAUCAUGGUAUGUCAAAUAAUGGUUGUGAAAGUUUGCAAAUAUUUGCAUUUCUCUGUGUUAUGAAUGGGGUGAGCCAGGUUUUCAAGUUGCUUUAGACUUCUGCCAACGAGAAAAUGGUACUGUAUUUUAAUUGAGCAUGUUUAAUGUAAUUUGUAAUAAAUUGGUGAUGGGAUUAUGAAUUGGCAGAAAAAGAAAAGGCUCUAUGGUUUUCAUUGUGUGUGUGUCUCAGCCUUUUCUGUAAAAACUGCUGUAAAUCAUAGAUGCUGCUUUAAAUAAAGAAACAAGGUCA